AUGCCACUAUCAAUCCAAUACUCAAAGAUUCAGUCUUACAUCGCAGAAUGCGCAUGUUCCUUCAUUUUUGGCUUUACGGUGUAUUCUGCCAUUCUGACAACCACGCUCAACGGCAUAGUUGCGGGCCCGAUACUGAUAGGACUAUCGAUCGGGUUUGUCAGUGUGGUGAUCAUAUUCCUGUUUGUGGACGUGACACUUGCACAUUUUAAUCCUGCUAUAACAUUUGCAGCUGUGAUUUUUCGUAAGGUGCCGAUAAUAAGCGGCUUCUUCUACAUCAUUGCGCAAGGCAUCGGAUUCAUGAUUGCCUCUUUGGUCGUGCAGGGAUGCUUUCCCGGAUCGUUCAGGCCGUUGAUGAAUAUCAUACGGCCUAAACAGGCCGAUGACGCGACAACAGGAGAAGUGAUAUGCAUCGAAAUGUUUCUUACCGGCAUACUCGUUUUUUCGGUGUUCGCCAUGGCAGCGAAUCCAUACAAAAAGCAGAAAGAAGAAAGGGACAAGAGAGAGCUUCAAAUUGAUCCGAGCGAGAGCAAAAUACCAGACAGGAGCAUGUUUGCGCCGGUGGUUAUCGGGCUGACGCUCGGAUUCCUGGGGUAUCUUGGCGGAUCAACGUCUGGCGGUGCGUUCAAUCCAGGAAUUGUUUGGGCGCCGGUGCUUUUUAGUGGUCACUGGGGUGAUUCGUGGAAGUACUGGGUUGGUGAAUUUGUUGGUGGGUUUGGCGGUGCACUCAUACAGGUUAUCCUGUUCUAUCCAUUUUAUUAG